UACAUCGAACAACUACGUUGGCUCAACAAACGGCAUUAUUCAAGUUAGAACCGACCACGAAGCCAGUGUGGCAACUGUCACCUGGGACCUACCCAUUGUAACUAACAACAUUAGCCGUUUCAACGUGACGUCAUCGCUGUAUAAAUCAGGAGACGAAAUACCAAUUAUGACAAAUCACGUAAUCACAUUUACAGCCACAGAGUCUUCAGGAAACACAGAUACUUGUUUUUUUUGUGAUAUCUGUUAUCGAUAUUGAGGAUCCAAUUUGUACCAUCGACCCGCCAUCGUAUAUAGGCUCUGCAGAGAUGGAGGAACAGAAUUCUACAAUCAACUACGUCAUCACUGUUAGAGACAAUGUCCUAGUCAGCAGUAUUAAGACAUACUACCGUUAUACUGAUAUUGGAAAUAGUGGUCAAGAAUAUAUUGUUGACAGAGCCAUAGAAGAAAUCGACAGCACAGGAACUUUCCCUAUUGGCGAGACUAUGGUUCUGUUUUCGGUUGUAGACAAUGCGAGUCCGAAUGGAAACGAAGGAACCUGUUCAUUUGGUGUCACAAUAAGCGAAUACAUGCCGACAACUGAGAGAGCAGUUACAGAAGACAGUUCAGGACACCAAGUUUCAGGCUCAGUAACUGUCAAAGUGCUGAUGUUAUUGAUGAAUUCGUUUGUGAAGCUCUAUUACUUAAAUUAACACACAUCGUACUAAUAACAAUAUGGUACUCAACUCCCAAGCCUCAUAAUGUGACUUCGUUUAUAAUAGAACAAGCUGUGUAAUGUCUUGUGAAGGGAUAUGCCACUUAAAAAAGUGAUGAAGUUCACUGUUUGGCAUUUGGCCUAAAAAAUUAAUAAAAUAAAUAUAAAUAAAAAUAUCGUUUGCGUCACAAAAUGUCGUAGGAGUGAUGUUUUUUGUUUAUAAGAUUUCUUGACGAUUCCUUUGCUACCUUGGGGAUUACUACACUAGCGACAAAGUGCAAGGUCAGUGGUCUAGUGGUUAUGACACCAUGCUAGUUAUCUAGAAGGCUUGGAUUCGAUUUCUACCCGAAUCAUUGGCAAUUUUUUUUUUGACUUGGAAACGUACUGAGUAUUUAAUACUAUAACACGUCGUCAGUACGGUAUUAAUUCUUAAUUUGUGUGUUUUUAGAAUUAGGAACUGAAUGUCCAAACUAUUCUAAUGCGAGAUGAUAAAUAUAUUCAUAUUUAGGCUUAUUUCAUUUUAGUUAAAUGUAUUAAUUGUAAUUAAAAGAUUCUACAUAUAAAUUUUGGCUACACUAAAUUGUCUCGUAUUUCUGGCUUCGUUUUUACAUCAUUAUUGUUAUCAUUAUCAUUAUGCUAUUACAAGAAUGCAAUUGAAAUAAUAUUUUUAUAACAAUACGAUAUAAUAAUAUAAACUGUUAAAUAGUAUGGUAUUUAUAAUUAUUUUAUGCUCUUAACUAACGUUUACUACAAAUUUCUUGUGCAAUUCAAUGACGUUUAGAAGGCUGUUCUCAUUUUACUGUGCCAUACUAAUAAUAAGUCUAUAUAUUUACUUAGAUGUUUCUAUUGAACAAUAUUUUAAAGUAAUGUUUUUAUAACGUUUGCGUAGCUAGGGAUGCCCCUAUAUAGGGAAAACCCCUAUUAGCGGUGACACUUUUUUUAGGUCCUGAAGGUGUCCCCUUGAUAGGGGUUCUAUUGUAAUAUCGUGUAAUGUAUAUAUGGCUCUGAUACCGUAUGAACAGAAAAUAAACUAAUUAUGUAAGCAUACUGAUCGACUUACAAAAUUUAUUUGUCGGAACUGUAAUUCAUGAAGGUACAGGCCUUAGAACGGAGGGCCUAAAAUAGAAACGUUAAUACUUUACAGGUGAAACAAUAGAAUUUGCUAAUAAUAGAUUAAAGCAACUGCAAAUAAGGGGAAAAUACUUGAAUAUGAUUACAUGCAAGGCCUA